UUUUACUUUAGAUCGAUUGCCUUCUGCUGAUCCGUCCGCGUCGACUCUUGUCUCCACUUCUUCGUCUGCCAUGGAAGCUACUGCCUUCUCCAAUUCCUUCUCAUCUCCACAUACAUCUCAUUCGACUCUCAAUCCGAGGUCCCUCGACCAUGGCUUCUUAGCUCCUCCACCUGCCUUCUCUCAAAGAACCAACUCCUUGCCUCGAAUCUCUGUUUCCAACCCUAGAUCUCGUGUUUUGUCUGUUGCAUCCAAGAACAGGAGUAACUUCAUCACUCGCUGCUCCGCAAACGGCGCUGAGAAUGCAGAUAAGGAGAUACCCAUCGAAAAGAGAUAUCCUGCAUUUCCAACCGUUAUGGAUAUUAACCAGAUUCGUGAGAUUUUGCCGCACAGGUUUCCAUUUCUUCUGGUGGAUAGAGUGAUCGAAUACAAUCCUGGGGUCUCAGCUGUCGCAAUUAAGAAUGUAACAAUAAAUGAUAACUUCUUCCCUGGACAUUUCCCUGAGAGGCCCAUUAUGCCCGGUGUUCUCAUGAUUGAGGCUAUGGCCCAGGUUGGAGGAUUGGUGAUGCUGCAACCUGAUGUGGGUGGCUCUCGUGAAAAUUUCUUCUUUGCAGGAAUUGACAAAGUAAGGUUCCGGAAGCCAGUGAUUGCAGGUGACACCUUGGUCAUGCGAAUGAAACUUGUUAAGCUGCAGAAGCGCUUUGGAAUAGCCAAAAUGGAAGGGAAGGCAUAUGUUGGAGGGGAGGUAGUAUGUGAGGGAGAGUUCUUGAUGGCUACUGGUAGUAGUGAAUAAAGUGUAGGAUUCUUCUUUUUUUCCCCUUCAAUUGAGUUUCCUUUACAAUGCAAAUGUAGCGGCUACCAUCUGAAGUCUUAUAUUUUUUCCUCUCUUUUGGCAAGAAUAUUAGAAUGGAUAAGUAACAACAUGGAUUUUAUGCAGCACUUACAAGCUGACUUAUAUAAGUAGAUUCUACUUCUUAGCACUGUGAUGAUUCCUUCAUGUUCAUUUAGAUGAGCUUGUUUUUGUGGUACCAACUGUAACUAGUACUUGAUCUCAAAAAAGGAAAAGCUGUACUUAGUCAGGAUUCUUGAUUUC